UUAGAAUAUAUGAAAUUAAAUACAUAUAUUUAAAAAAAAAAAUAUAAAAAUCAUCGUCGUGUAAUUUUUAGCACGAGGCGUUGACGUCACAUGACACCAGGAAGUAGCCCAGCACCAAUCGUCAGUACCACCGCUGCGAAGUUCUCCAUCAUGGCCUACCAGGCUGGCAUCCCAGAGGAGCCCAAUGCUCUGGUUCAAAACAUUAGCUCCAACAUCCAGAGGCUCAGCCUGCUGACCUCCGAGCUGCAGAGGGCGCUGUCGCUGCUGGGAACGGCUCAGGACAGCGACCAGCUGCAGCAGACGCUGCAGCAGAACCAGCAACAAGGAAACCAGCUGGCCAAGGACACCGACCGACUCAUCAAGGCGUUCAGCGUGCUUCCCGCGGGCGCUGACCAGCGGCAGAGAAAGAUCCAAAAAGAGCGUUUGCUCAAUGACUUCUCGGCGGCGUUGAGCACCUUCCAGAAGACGCAGCGGGAGGCGGCCGACAAAGAACGAGAGUUCGUGGCCCGAGUCAGAGCCAGCUCCCGGGUGUCGGGUGGCCAGCCUGAUGCUCAUCAUGGAAAUGUCAACCCUUUCCUAACAAGUGACGUGCAGGUGCAGGAUCAGGCCGAAGCGGUCAGCGAGGCCGAUCUCCGGUUGAUCCGGGAGAGAGAGUCGGCCAUCAGGCAGCUGGAGUCGGACAUCACAGACAUCAACGACAUCUUCAAGGACCUGGGGGUGAUGGUGCACGAGCAGGGCGACAUGAUCGAUAGUAUCGAGGCAAACGUGGAGAGUGCAGAUGUGAAUGUCCAGAGUGCCACGCAGCAGCUGGCGCGUGCCGCCGACUAUCAGCGGAGCUCCCGGAAGAAGAUCUGCAUCCUGAUUAUAGUGUUGGUCGUCGUCGCCGUGGUCGUCGGACUCAUCAUCUGGGGCGCCGCCCGGCAGUGAGGCCUCCUCGGCCCGGUCCCCACACCGACUCCUGCUGCCGGGAAAUGUUAAAAGCUCAACGGCCACUUCAUUGGGUACACACACGCCAUCUGGUGAGAGUUAGUACGAUAAGAGCUGGAGUAAACAUUUCUGUUGAAGGUUUGAACUGGAGUGGCACCAGACCUCCGCUAAAGCCAAACGAACAUAAACAUGACAAUGGUGUUCCACCCUCGGCCUGUAAGUGGCAGAAAUGAGCAAUGCCACACACAACAAGCAAGCAGAUUGUAACGACAAAAAGCGUGUGUACUUAUACAAGUGUAGUUUUGGUAUAGGUGCAUCUCAAUGAAUAAAAGUAAACAAUAUUUAAAUGUAGUAUAUAUUUUAUGUUUUAGAAUUUUGAUUAUAACUUGCAGCUAACACAAAUUCUAAAUUUAUGAUCUCAAGAAAUUACAAUAUUACAAUCAACAAAAUGAUUUUAAUGUAGAAAUUCGGUACUAAUUGGCCUUCUGCCAAAUAUUUCCCUUUGUUUAAUAAAUGAUUUUACUUUUUGAAUUACUGAAAUAAUUGACCUUUUCUGCCAUAUUCGUGAUAUGUAGUGUGAUGCGUAUAUAUAUAUAUAUAUAUAUAUAUAUAUAUAUAUAAUGUUUUGCGGGGUUGGAUAACUAUCAAACGGCUAUCGUUAUGGUAACCAAAAUACAAGCAACAACUCAAAUGACAAUCUCAAUAAUGCACAUUUUGUUGAAUAAAUACCUCACUGACGGUGUCAAUCAACGCAGAGCAUUAUUGUCAUCUGUGUAAAGACAGGGUUUUGGAUGAGGCUGUUGUAUUUGAGCUUGUUGAGAUUGCGGAAGUUUGCCUAAUGUUGUCGCCAGCCAUUCUCCAUGUUGGAAAGUCCUCACAGUUGAUGCAGUUAUUCCACCAUUUAGCCAAACUUGGCUAUUUACAAAGCACUGUUCUAUGUAUGAACCUAUUUUGAAAAUUUAGCAUUGCAUGUGCUUUUAAGCUAAAAUGGCUUUUGAAACCCUAUUUUGAGUAGUUGUUAAAGAGACACUUAACAGGAAUUCCUGUUAAGUGUCUAUCUCAACAAUACUACUUUACUUUUUCUUGUUGAUAUGAAGGAAGCUAAAAGCAGUUAGCCAUUAAAGUACAGUAAGUAAACGAAGCAAGCAAACAGAUUAAAAUGCGUGUGGUAUUUUUGUAAAUGACUGAUGUUCUGCGUCCUAUGUGCUUAUUUUAAUAAAUGAACCCUAUCACAGCGAUA